GGGAAGAAUCAUGGCACUUGCAGGACUCCUGAAACAAGACAACAUUACUGCAGCUAUCCAGGCUUGUCAAGCCCCAGGAACGUUCCACUACAAGACGUUCUUUGAACAAGUGGGCCUGAUGGGUAAAGCCUCCUCCGAUGGGGAGAAGGUGUUCAAGGCCCUGGACCAGGACAAGAGUGGAUUCAUCGAAAAAGAGGAGCUGAAACGCUUCCUCCAGAACUUCUCCUCGGGGGCCAGAGAGCUCACGGAGGCGGAGACCAACACCCUCCUAUCGGCUGGGGACAGCGAUGGAGACGGCAAAAUCGGGAUGGAAGAGUUCUGCGGCCUGCUGAAUUGAAAACGGGGGGAUUGUCUGGACCGACUUGAACUUCAUUUCCAGAUUCUCUC